CUCUGCGCUCUUCCCGGAAGUGGAGGGGGGUGGCCGGGGUUCUUGACUACGCGGAGCGUGCUGUGGCGGGGCCUGUUGGAAGGAUGAGUGAACCAGAGCUUCUGCUGGACUCCAAUAUCCGGCUAUGGGUGGUCCUUCCUAUUGUUUUUAUAACAUUUUUUGUUGGGAUGAUUCGACACUAUGUGUCAAUCUUACUCCAGAGUGACAAAAAGCUCACUCAGGAGCAAGUGUCAGACAGCCAAGUUCUGAUUAGAAGCAGAGUCCUCAGAGAAAAUGGAAAAUACAUUCCAAAACAGUCUUUUCUGACACGGAAAUAUUUCUUCAAUAAUCCAGAGGAUGGAUUUUUUAAAAAAACAAAAAGGAAGGUAGUACCCCCUUCUCCAAUGACAGAUCCUACCAUGCUGACAGAUAUGAUGAAAGGGAAUGUAACUAAUGUUCUACCCAUGAUUCUCAUUGGUGGUUGGAUCAACAUGACGUUCUCAGGAUUUGUUACAACAAAAGUCCCAUUUCCUCUGACACUGCGCUUUAAACCUAUGCUUCAGCAGGGGAUUGAGCUGCUCACCCUGGAUGCAUCCUGGGUAAGUUCUGCUUCCUGGUACUUCCUAAAUGUAUUUGGACUUCGAAGCAUUUACACUCUCAUCUUGGGUCAAGACAAUGCUGCAGACCAAUCUAGGGUGAUGCAGGAACAGAUGACAGGGGCAGCAAUGGCUAUGCCUGCAGACACUAACAAAGCAUUUAAGACAGAGUGGGAAGCUUUAGAAUUAACUGAUCAUCAAUGGGCAUUAGAGGAUAUAGAAGAAGAGCUCAUGGCGAAAGAUCUUCACUUUGAAGGCAUGUUUAAGGAAGAGUUGCAGACCUCCAUCUUUUGAAAGCUGGAUUGAAUUUGAGUGUAUGCUUGGUAUUUUAAAAGAAAACUGUCGUUAUAAAAAUGUGUGAUGUAUUUUAGUGAUGCUCAGAAUAAAAAAAGGCCAUGCUCAGAA